ACUAGCAUAACUAUAGCCCUGUUCCGAGACUGCCUUGAGAAAAAAAGAGAAUGGAAUCCUUGCAAACCACCUCCAUUCCAAGUGACCAAGCACCAUCAAUGAAGCACAGCAAACGAGGAGGAUGGACUACCUUCCCUUUCAUUAUAGGAGCUGUGAUGGGUCUUACACUAGCAGCCGGAGGGGGGUCAGCGAAUUUGAUAGUAUUUUUGGUAACUGUAAUGAACAUAAAGAGCAUUAAUGCUACUCAAAUCAAUAAUAUUGUAAUUGGUUGCUACAGUCUCUUUCCCGUUGCUGGGGCUGUCAUUGCUGACUCUUUCUUCAGCUCCUUCUAUGUCGUUAGUGUUUUCGCCUUUGUUUCUUUACUGGGCUUGAUCAUGCUAACUCUAGCAUCUACAAUCCAUUCCUUGAGACCCCCAACAUGUGUGAUUGGUUCACUUGCUUGCGAAGCCCCAUCAAAGCUUCAAUAUGCAGUACUCUACUUGGCGCUAGCAUUAGCUUCCUUAGGAGUAGGAGGCACACGCUUCACGUUAUCGGCUAUGGGAGCAGACCAAUUCAAUAAGCCAAAUGAGCAAGGAACUUUCUUUAGUUGGUAUUUCUUCACCCUGUACCUCGCCAGUGCCAUAAGCUUGACGGCUAUCAUCUACGUUCAGGAUAGUGUGAGCUGGGGAUUAGGGUUUGGCAUUGGUGUUGUUGCUAAUGCCAUUGGAUUAGCCGUGUUUUUGUUGGGAAAAAGGUUUUAUUGCCAUACCAAGCCCAAGGGAAGUCCCUUUGUAGGCAUUGCUCGUGUUUUGGUUGCAGCUAUUAGAAAAAGAAGGAAACUGGAAACUUUUCAAAGCCAGGGUUAUUUUCACGGAGACAACACAAAGGCGAUUAGCAGUCCAACUGAAAGUCUCAGAUUCUUCAAUUGGGCAGCACUAAGAUAUGAAGAUGACCGAAAAUCAGACGGCUCCUAUUCAAGUUCUUGGUGGCUAUGUACAGUGGAGGAAGUUGAGGAUCUCAAGACCCUGAUCAAAAUCAUGCCACUGUGGUCUAGCGGUAUCUUAUUGAGUACUACUAUAGCUAUUAUUAACAGCCUAGCAGUCCUCCAAGCCCUAACCAUGGACAGGCACCUUGGGCCGCACUUCAAAAUCCCAGCUGGGUCAUUCCUGGUAUUUAGCAUUUUAGCCACAGCACUCUCAAUUUCCAUCAUUGAUCGUUUCUUGCUCCCAAUGUGGAAAAAUUUGACUCGAAGAUCACUGAAACCCCUCCAACAAAUAGGUAUUGGCCAUGUCAUUAACAUAUUCGCCAUGGUGGGAUCUGCCUUGGUGGAGACAAGGAGGCUUCGUGUGGUUCGAACCCAUCACCUUAACGGUCAACCACCCGGCUCAGUCGUGCCGAUGUCAGGUCUCUGGCUUGUGGUCCCGUUACUCGUGAUCGGCGUUGGUGAAGCUUUUCAUUUUCCAGGACAAGUUGCCUUGUAUUACCAAGAAUUUCCCACGUCGCUAAGAAGCACUUCUACUGCUAUGAUAUCACUGUUAAUUGCGAUUGGAUAUUACCUAAGCACAGCAAUAAUCGAUUUGGUACGCCGGUCUACAGGAUGGUUGCCUGAUAACAUCAACGACGGGAGAUUAGAUUAUGUAUUUUGGUUGUUGACGGCGAUAGCGUUCGUGAACUUUGGGUACUACCUGUUAUGUACCAAGUUUUUCAAGUACCAGAACACUGAGAAUCAUGAGAGUGAGGCUUCUGCUUAGUGGGCUGCUCUGAUUUAAAUGGGCUGGUCUUGUCUGUAAUGUUUGAAUUGUGACGUUGCUUUCUAAUAGGCCUAAGCUUGUUAAUUGAA